GCUUAUAACCGAACUUUACCUAGUUGACAAAUUAGUCGAAUGUCAUUCGUUCAACAGUUGAACUGUUACUACAGUGACUGUAGUACAGUCGUACCUUUUUUCAAGAAUACCAAAAUAAUUAUUUCCAUGCGAUAAACUUUAUCACAUUUUCAAGAGAUUGUCCACUGCUAUCAGCACUCUUGACUCAUGGUAUUUGGCUUCAAAGAGUUCAAAGAUAAGUAAUAUUGUAAUAACAAAUAACUAAUAAGAAUUAAGAAUAAUAGUGAAUUAAUGAAUAUGAUAUAUUUCUGAACUAUUAUUUUGAUUUACGCCCAUUAGAUUUGUCACAAUUUCUUAGAAAUCAGUGCAAAUGUCAAAUAGAGACGGCAAAUCGCAUUUGGAUAUGACCAGUCAUGUUGAUUCCGAUAGUGAAGAAUUUGACUGUGAUAAUCGUAGGAUACCACUGGAACAUCUUCCUAUGUUCCAACGUUUGGCAUCAGUUAAUGGAAAAAUAAAUCGUAUGAAAAGACGUCAAUUGAUAAAUAUAAUGAACAAUAAAAAUCUUAAUACUGAUGGCGAAAUAGAUGUGUUAAGAAAACGUUUAAAAAACCACUAUAGAAUGCAAGCUCUGAUUAAAGCUAAAAUCUGUGAAUCUGAAGCCACUUACUUUCCGUAUUUUGUUGUUAUUGAUAUUGAAGCUACAUGUACUGAAAAUAAUCCUGCUGAUUACAAAUUUGAAAUCAUAGAAUUUCCAGCUGUAUUGGUGGAUGCUAAGAAACGAAAAAUUAUUGAUCAUUUUCAAGCAUUUGUAAAACCAACAAUCAAUCCAAAGCUAUCUGAGUUUUGUAUUAAAUUAACUGGUAUAACUCAAGAUCAAAUUGAUAAAGCUGAUCCAUUUGAAUUAUGUUUAAAGAGAUUCACUAAAUGGUUAGAAGAACAUGAACUUGGAAUUAAACACAAGUUUUCUAUUGUUACUGACGGUCCAUUUGAUAUGGCUCGGUUUCUUUAUGGACAGUGUUUAAUGUCAAAAAUUCCAUAUCCAAAAUUUGCUGUUAAAUGGAUAAAUAUAAGAAAAGUAUUUAGAUCAUUUUAUUUUACCAAACAAGUUAAGCAUUCAGUUCUUUGCAAUCUAAAUGCAAUGUUAACAUUUUUGGAUAUGCAGUUUGAAGGAAAUCCUCAUAGUGGCCUUGAUGAUUCAUUUAAUAUAGCCAGAAUAUGUUUACGGUUACUUGAAGAUGGAGCUUUUAUUGAUCAAAAUGAACGAAUUAUUUCGCUUAAAACACCAACACCUUAUGGAAAAGAUGAUCCACUGCCUGUGAGACCUGUGCACAAUAUAUUUUGUGAUGGAAUGCAUAGUCAUAGUAACAAUAGGUGGUUGGUUUCUCGAUUGAAGACUUUAGAUCUUAAUGAUGACAUUUAACAUUGAUUAAAUUCAUUAAAAACUGUGCAUCAACUUUCAACUAUUAUGUUCCUUCCAAUGUAAAAUAUUAAUUGUUAACAAAGUUUUAUUUUUUUUUUUAAAUUGUUUGUUGUCUCUAAUAUGAUUUUGAGUCAAUUUAAUUGUGAUCAUUGU